CGCGAUUGAGUGAGCAACGGCCGGGUUUGGUCAAGAGUGGGUGAGAUUGAUCCUCCGCAGUACAAAUCAUCUACAAACUACACAUCAUCAUAAAGUCAUACAAGACUUUUCGAUGAAGCCAUGGCGUGCAAGUGCAUGGAAGGUGUAGAAUGGACAAUUCUUGAGGGACGACAAUUCAAACAUUGUUGUUCCUAUAAUUGCUUGCCGAUCUCGCUAGCGCAUGCUAUCACCAAACCAGCCAUGAAGUCUUCCUUCACCGUCUCCAUCUCUCUUUUCUUCUUCCUCAAUUUUCUCAGUGUCUAUACUCGAAGUUCUGAGGCGGCACCCGAAUAUCUGUUUCAUGAUUGCCCAAACACCACCCUCUUCACUCCCAACUCCACCUACGGAUCCAACCUCGACGCCCUCCUCUCUUCCCUCUCCUCCACCGCCAACAACAGCACCGAUGGCUUCGCCAACGCCACUGCCGGCCAAAACCCUCCCGAUCAGGCCUACGGGCUCUUCCUCUGCCGUGGUGACCUCGACAUCGCCACGUGCAGCGACUGCGUCUCCACUGGAAAACAGGGGAUCCUCCAGAAAUGCCCCAACCAGCGAGUCUCUGUGAUCUGGUACAACGAGUGCAUGUUGAGGUACUCGAACGAGUACAUCUUCUCCGUCAUGGAAGAGGUGCCUGCCAUAACGAUGGUCAACACCGUGAACAUCUCUGACCCGGCCAGGUUCAGGCAAGUACUUGGAAGGAGCAUCAGAGAAGUUGCCUAUACGGCUUCGGGCAAAGCAUCCGGGAAGAAAUUCGCGAGCACAAAGAUGAAUUUCACAAGCUUGCAGAAUCUGUACACGAUGGCGCAGUGCACGCCGGACUUGAUGGAGUUGGAGUGUAACAGCUGCCUCCUGUCAGCGAUUAAACUUCUCGAAGGGAGUCAAGGAGCGAGGGCAUUAACUCCGAGCUGCAACGCGAGGUUCGAGUUGUACCCCUUUUACAAUGGCACUGCAGUGCAGGCCUCACCUCCUCCUCCGGUUACGACAUCUGAAGGUUCACCUCCUCCUCCCCAUCCUCCUCCCGUGACAACACCUGAAGGAAAAAACAACAAAUUCACAGUGAUAACCAUUGUCAUAGUCGUUCCCACUGGAGGUGUUAUGAUACUUCUCUUUCUCACUUGUUUGCUUCGAAGAAGAGGAAAAAGAAAUAUGAAGUCAUCAAAGGAAAAAGUGGUGCAAACGAACUUAUUACCAUGGAGUCCUUGCAAUAUGACUUGGCUACCAUACAAGCCGCGACAAAUGAUUUCUCUCAUGAAAGCAAAUUGGGUGAAGGUGGAUUUGGUGAAGUUUUCCAGUGGUUACAUGGCUCCAGAAUAUGCAAUGCAUGGAGAGUUCUCAGUGAAAUCUGAUGUUUAUAGUUAUGGCAUAAUACUUCUAGAGAUCAUUUGCGGCAAGAGGAAUAACUACCACCACCAAUUGGGUGGGGGUGAAUAUCUUGCUAGUCAUGCAUGGAAUCAAUGGAGAGAAGGCACGCCCUUGAAAGUGUUGGACCCAGCUAUCGUGGAUUCAUAUUCAAGAGAUCAAGUGCUUCGAUGCCUGCACAUUUGCUUAUUAUGCAUUCAGGAAGAUCCGGCUAUUAGACCUACCAUGGCAACUGUAGUUCUCAUGCUCAGUAGUAAUUCCAUUACUCUGACAUCACCUCAACAUCCGGCCUUCUUCAUCCGAAGUAUAUCGCAGGGAUUGAACAUCCCAAUAAGAGAGCUUGAAUCGGAUGAAUCCGCCAAUAGGACUAUGCCUUCAUCGAUCAAUGGCAUGUCAGUUACCGAAUUGUACCCCAGGUGAAUGGCGGCAUAAGCAAAAUCUUUCUUCAUGGAUAGUCUCAUAGUAAGAUUGUGUGGCCUUGCACCGUGAUUUUUAUGAAGCAUAAAUAAAAAUCUAUGCAUUUGGAGAAUAAGCUUUUAAUUGCUCAAAGGGGUGGUGUGCAUUUAAAAGAAGACCCUACACAUGUUAUCCAUCAUAAUUAUUAUGAUUCUUCUAAGUUUUUGUUACUAUUUGAAGGUAAAUCAUACACCAAUUUACUGUAAUUUUGUGCAUUUGUACGUUAUUGUGCUUCUAUAAGGCUCAAUACUACUUCUCACUAAAUAAUGAAGUGUUUGUUGA